AUGGGGCGAUUCUCCUUCGUGAGUCUCGGUUUGCUGGUUGUGGUCAUCUCCAUAAGUGGAGUGAAAGGUUGUGCCAAUGGUUGGCUCUCCAUGAAUGGGUUUUGCUACAAGGUCAAUGGUGAAGCCAAGAGCUGGCCGGAUGCAGAGGCGUUCUGCAGGCAAUUCGACUCAUGUUGCGAUCUCGCCUCCAUCCAUAGCGUGGAGGAAUCAGAUGAACUGGGCCAGUAUGUCUCUGAGAAUCUCAAAACUGGUUCAAAUGUCUGGAUCGGACUGUAUGAUGCACAGAAAAACCGUGUCUGGGAGUGGACAGACAGAUCCUGCAGCAACUACCUCGCCUGGGCUCCAGGAGAGCCCAACAACGCGAAGGGGAAUGAGUACUGUGGUGAGCUUGUGCCCAAAGCAGUGCAGAAACUAGUGCAAAUUGCUCAAAUUGCUGAAAUCUCUGCUCUGCACCCUAUCGCUUAA